AUGACGGUGGUGGUUGACUCCUCAACAGCAGCGAUGGGGGUGGCAAGUGGUGGCAGCACAGCGGUGGUGGCUAUCUCCAACAACAGUGGCGACGACAGCUUGUUGCCUUCAUUUCCGAUUCUCCCCCCCCCCUUCGCCGUCGCUGAUGGUGGUGAUAAUGGUUUUCAGACGGACGACAGCCCGAAAACUCCAUCUAUUGAUGAAGACAAUUCGCCAGAGAAACACCAAACCACCGGAGGUCUAAAGAAACCUGACAAGAUUCUCCCUUGUCCUCGAUGCGAAAGCAUGAACACGAGUUUGUUAUUACAACAACUCGAACUUCAACCAUCCACACCAUUUUUGCAAGAGUUAUCAAAGGUACUAGACUGCCGGAGGCACGAUGAGGAAUAUGUCGAUCGGAGCAGGUCGCCGGAAGAAAAGAACGCUUCAUCGGAUUGUCAUUUCAUUAUCUCCCACGAAGCUUUUGAUGUGGGACCUCAGAUUGAAUUCGCUGCUGAUAAUUCUGACUGGGUUUACAAUACUUCUCGUCAACCAAAAGUUCUUUCCUUUACUCCAAAUUCGCCGUUAUGUCGAGGGAAAGAAAGCGGAGACGAUUGUUCAAGUGGAACAACCACCGUUGUUUCUUCCAAUUCCGUAGUUGAGAAACCACACGAGAUUAACAGAUUCCAUUCUCAAGUUCAUUGGAUUCCUGGGACUCCAUGGUCGUAUAAUCCAUGGGUUCUAAUGCAGAUUCCGACAGGAUACCCUCCGAUUCCAUUCUACCCUCCACCGUACUGGAAUUCCGUUUCUUGGUUACCUCCAGUGACCUCUGCUCCAAACUAUUCAAUCCUAGGAAAACAUUCAUCAGAUCGGGUAUCAAUUAACCCAAUUAAGGAGCCAAAGAAACAGAAGAAUUCAAUUUUGAUCCCCAAAACGCUUAGAAUUGAUGAUCCAGAUGAAGCUGCGCAGAGUUCUAUAUGGGCGACACUCAGAAUCAAGAACGAAAACUGUAUCAUACGAGAUAUUUUCAAGGGGUUUCAAGCAAAAGGAGAUGAAAAGAAGAAACAACCGACAGAACCUUCAUUAUUAUUACAAGCAAAUCCUGCUGCGUUUUCAAGAUCGCUUUACUUUCAGGAAAGAGCCUAA